AUGUCUUUGCUUCACAAUCCUAGAGAAAAAUCCAAAGAAGGUCCACCUGGCCAGGCUUCUGGAAGUGGAACAGUUCCUGGAACAAAAAGUGCAUCUGCUGCUUCAAGGGCUGGAAAAGGGCCUCAGAAACCAAAGUACAAACCUGCUGCAAAAAGAAAGAGGAAGGCUCCUGAAGCAGCUACAACCCAAACUGCUCCACAGCCAGCUUCCCAACCAACUUCCCAACCAGCCUCCCAGGCAGCUUCCCAACCAGCUUCCCAACCAUCUUCUCUGCCAGCUUCACAGCCCUCAUCAGGUCAUGGCAGCACAAUAACAGCUACACUACCUCCUUCUGGUGCAACCACAAGAAGAAGAAAGAGACCAAGAGCUGUAGUUGGAACUCAAGAGAGCACUAGUUGA